GUGUCUUUUCCUUCUUCAUAGAUCCCUUCUUUCUAAUUAUUUUCUCGGCAUCCAAACACAAAUAUGUGCAACAACAACAACAGUGUUAGACGGAGCAAAAGAAAACCCAAAGGUCGUAGUUUUUCUUUGGAACAUUCUCGUAAGACCCGAAGUAAAACGAGGAGACCGAAGUACCUCAGCCUUCAUCGCCUCGAAGAAAACCUGCCUCCGAUGUCGUCGGUAGCCGCCGGGGACAACUGCGAAGACGAAGGAAGCAAAGAGAUUACCGACAAGCAGCUUAAUCUCUUCCCGCUUCACCCCGAGAAUUUGGUCGAAGACAGGGACGACGCGCAGUACGAUAAUGUUUCCAUGCUCUUCGACACGACGGAGGAAGAAGGCGGUAACGCCGUCACGCUCAACGGUCUCUUGGACAGCGAGGGAAGCGAUAAUUACAAGAAUCGAACGGCGGCGACGGCGGCGGUAACGUCGGAAGAGGGCCCCUUGUCGCCUUCUUUGACGACGUACGGGUGUUAUGAUGAUCGUACGAGUUUUUCGCUUGUACGGACGGCCAUGAAAGGGAAGAAGGUGAGGGACGAGAGUGAGGAGAGAUGGGUGGUUUAUUCCGAUGUGGUGGAGAAGAAGGAGAUGGAAGAGGUGAGUAGCGGCGGAGACGGCGGUGCAUGGUGGAGUAGGAGGAAGACGAAGAAGCUGUUGGCUUUGAAGCUUGAUUACGAGGAGAUCAUGAAUGCUUGGUCUGAUAAGGGUACCCUUUACAUUGAAGGGGAGUCCCCUCAGACUGUUCCUCACUUGCAUGCAAAUGUUCUAUCCGGCGGUUCGGGGAGUGCUUCGAACGUGUGGAAGGUGCCGGAAAUGGCGGGUGGUUCGAAGAUCAAGGAAGAAGAAGACGGAAAGGAGCGUUGGAAAAAGGGGCAUAGAGAAGCGAGUGUUUUGAGAUACAAAGAGAAGAGGCGAAAUAGGCUUUUCGCCAAGCGGAUUCGGUAUGAAGUCCGAAAACUCAAUGCCGAAAAGCGCCCUAGGUUGAAGGGACGGUUUGUGAAGAGAGAUUGAGUUUGAAGAGAUGAAAUCGGCUAUUUGAAAUAAUGGUGGGAUGGAAAAUACUCUUUAUUAUAUUAUAAUGUCAGUGAGGUAUAGUUUAUAUCUGAUACUUGUAAAUAUGAAGGGUACUGUCAUUUGGAGCCCGCCAGCUAACUUUGUUUCCCUAAUUUUACUUUGGUAAAUGAUUUAA